AUGGCAGACUUCUCAGUAUUCCUGGGGUUUCUGAAGCAAGUGCCUUGGUGCAGCAGCGUCUUCUUCACCCACCUUCUCUUCCUUCAGUUGGGGGAGGUGAACUCAGAGGAGGUCAAGGUGCUGGGCCCUGGAGAAUCCAUUUUGGCCCUCGUUGGGGAAGCAGUGGAGUUCCCCUGCCACUUGUCACCGUACCGGGACGCAGAGCACAUGGAGAUCCGCUGGUUCAGGACCCAGGCCUCCGACGUGGUGUACCUGUACCAGGAGCCCCAGGGUCUCUCCAGCCCGCAGAUGGCGCAGUUCCGCAACAGGACCGUAUUCGAAGCCAACGACAUUGCGGAUGGCAGCGUGAACCUGCACAUCCUCAGCGUGGUUCCCUCCGACGAGGGCCGGUACGGGUGCCACUUUCUUUCCGAAGACUUCUCUGGUGAAGCUACGUGGGAGCUGGAAGUAGCAGGGCUGGGCUCAGACCCACACAUCUCCCUUAAGGGCUUCGUCGAAGGAGGCAUUCAGCUGCAGUGCAGUUCCAGUGGCUGGUACCCCAAGCCGAAGGUUCAGUGGAGAGACCCCCAGGAUCAGUGCCUUCCUCCAGAGUCUGAAGCCAUAGUCAAGAAUGCCCAGGGCCUGUUCAGUCUGGAGACAUCUGUGAUUGUCCGGGAAGGGACUCACAGCAAUGUGUCUUGUACAAUCCAGAACCCCUUGCUGGCCCAGAAGAAAGAGUUUGUGCUCCAGAUUGCAGAUGUGUUCCUACCCAGACCAUCCCCCUGGAAGAAGGCAUUCCUGGGAACCCUGGUGGUCCUGCCGCUCAGUCUGGCUGUGCUCACAAUGCUGGCGCUGCAGUACUUCUACAAGCAGCGGCUCACCCAAGAAAAGCUGAUGGAGCAGGGAGAGAAGGACCGAGAGAAACUUCAGGCAGAGCUUGACUGGAGAAGGUCCGAAGGCCAAGCAGAGUGGAGAGCAGCCCAGCAAUACGCAGUGGACGUGACCUUGGAUCCCGCCACGGCCCACCCUAGCCUGGAGGUCUCCAAGGACCGCAAGAGCGUGUCCUCCCGCCCGGGGGAGGCCAGCACCGCGGCGGGCGACCCGCAGCGUUUCUCGGAGCAGACGUGCGUGCUGAGCCGGGAGCGCUUUCCUAGCGGCCGCCACUACUGGGAGGUGAACGUGGGCCGGCGCAGCCGCUGGUUCCUGGGCGCCUGCCUGGAGUCGGUGGAGCGCUCGGGGCCCGCGCGCCUCGGCCCCGCGGCGGGCUACUGGGUGAUGGGGCUUUGGAACGGCUGCGAGUACUUCGUGUUAGACCCGCAGCGAGUGGCGCUGUCGCCGCGCGUGCCUCCCCGGAGGGUGGGCAUCCUGCUGGACUACGAGGCGGGGAAGCUGUCCUUCUUCAACGCGUCCGACGGCUCGCACAUCUUCACCUUCGCCGACGCGUUCUCGGGGGCGCUCUGCGCCUACUUCAGGCCCCGGGCCCACGAUGGCAGCGAACACCCGGACCCCCUGACCAUCUGCUCUUUGCCGGUUAGAGGGCCACGGGUCCUGGAAGAGAACGACGUUGACAACUGGCUACAGCCCUAUGAGCCCUUGGACCCCGCCUGGGCUGAUGAAGAGGCCCUGCCAUGACCUCAAGGCCCGGUCCGAGCAUCUCCCCGAACUA